AUGAAGUUACAGCUAGCGGCUAUUAUAAGUGUGCUGUUGUCACUUGCAGCUGGAGGCUCAGUUGCCAGGUUUUCAUCAACAAAGGAGGAAGCCCGACGACUCUCGAGAGGAAUCUCGGACGAUGAGCAUUCGAAUAUCAGGGCUUCACUGGCAGGAAGCUCGAGUCAAGCAGUGGGACAACGACCGCAGCCGAUGAACAGAAACUUCCUGUUGACGGUCCCGAAGUAUGCGCGGGCCGAUGGGGUGCAAGGGUACUGUUCCCUGACGAUCUGUCGAAGCAUCGCGCCCCCAGCAUUCGAGGAGCCGGGCGAGCGCUACCCACAUUACUAUUAUUCUGCGCAGAGCGGCUGGCAUGAUGCCGAGUUGCUCUUCAAGGCGAUCAUCAUGAACGGGAAUAAGAAGGCCGUCCUGCGGCUCGAAAGCUGCAGCACCACCAGGGUGGUGACCGUCAGACUCUGCUACCCUUCCACUAACACCAUCUACCCCGCCAUUGAGCUUCCACCACGCGGAUCGAUCGGGGUGGAAGUCCCGCGGGAUGCCGAAUGGCCUCGCAAGAACGCCCCGGUGCUCCAUCUGCUCGGAGUCAAAGAUGCCUCUCGACGAAGCUCCUCCCAUCAUCAGCUGUCCGCCGCCUCGCCCGAAUACCGACCGAUCCAAUCCUAUAAUGAUCGCGACUCCCAGCUCAGCAGGUCCUUCCAAACCCUCCAGCUCGGACCGCCCAGCGCCCAUCCUCCCGGAUACAAAUUCAACAAUGAGGACGAGUUCGACCAGCUGGGCUUCGUCACCCGGCCGACGUUCGAGUACAUCAGCCCCCCCUCGCCGUGAUCUAAUCUUGGCGCUAGAUAUC